CGAAAUGUUCUUCGCAAGUAUGCGGUUGAGUGUGGCUUUCUGUUCAAAUUUGUGAAGAACGAUUCUGUUCGAAUCACAGCUGUAUGUACGAUGAGAGAAUCGAGAGGAUGCAUGUGGUUGGUACAUGCACGUGUAUUGAAUGCCAAUGGAUUUUUCUACCUUCGUAAGUGGAACAGCGAGCACACUUGUGGUGUUGCUGUACGGACCCCCAAAAACCCUAGGGCUGGUUCCGAUCUGGUGUCCGAUGUUAUUUGUGAACGGGUACGUGAUAAACCACUCACAAGGCCUACUGAUGUUGUGUAUGACUUGAAAAAAGAUUACGGAUUGGAGGUUAGUUACCGAGUUGCAUGGUUAGGUGUAGAAAAAGCUCGUGGUGAAAUGUUCGGUGCACACUCCAUUUCAUUUGACCAACUACGAUGGUAUAGUAGCGUAGUAAUGGAAAAUAAUCCUGGGAGUUACAUCAACAUUGAAUAUGAUGAACAAAAUUACCGUUUUAUACGGUAUUUCAUAUCAUUCAAAGCAUGCAUCGACGGGUUCAACCAUUGCCGCCCAUUGCUUUUCUUGGACGGGACUUUUCUAAAAGGAAAAUUCAAGGGGAACUUGCUAGCUGCAACUGCGAAGGAUGGCAACCAAGGUUUAUUCCCUGUGGCCAUUGCGAUUGUUGAUUAUGAAAACACCACAAAUUGGGCUUGGUUUUUGGAACACCUCGCAAACGUCGUAAACCGGCAAAGAACACUUACAUUUGUCUCUGACCGACAUGCGGGAGCCAGUAUAUCCUUUUCCGGAAUCUUCCCACAGGACAUUCCUACAGUUCAUAUUUCAUGUGUCAUUGCCUAUUUUUUUGACUAA